AUGGGGAAGAAGUCCGAGUCGAUGGAGGUGGCGCCUGUGCCUGGGUUCUUUGGCCACGUGGUGAAGCCCGGCCAUGCUCUGAAAUGGCCGAAUGAGAUCGAGGAUUUCUGCAUGCAGUUGAACUCAGCAGCACUUGGCGCUCAAGUGACCCAAGGCCGCUCCACACUUUCAGUGGUGGCCAAGACGUCGAAGAUUGCGCUGUGCACGCUGACUCCAGAGGUGGCGGAGCAGUGGAACUUGACACAGACUUUUACGCCUAUUGACGGGGAGAUUGAGUUUGUAGUGGAUGGUCCGAACGCCAUCCACCUCACAGGUUUCAUUGAGGUGAAAGAAGAGGAGGACAGUGGUGACGAGCACGACUUUGACGACAUUGGAGAUGACGAGGAGGAAGAAGAAUUGAUGGUGUUUGGCGACGAGUCUUCGAGUGACGUGGAUGGUGGCGAAGCGAAUGAUGAAGACGAGGAGAACCGUUUCGAAGUCAUUGAGGAACGUCUUCACAAGGACGAGCACGAGGUGACGAAAAAGUCACCUAAUAAGGAGCAGGUCAAGCCGAAGGAGACGACGAAGAAGGAGGCUGUUGCCAAGAAGGCGCUUGAUGCUCCAGCUGAGGCUGAACCAACGGCAAAGGCGAACAAGAAGAAAGCAAAGGCUGCCAAGCUGGCGGAGAAGGAGACAAAACUGGCGGAGAAGUUGGCUGAGGCAACUGCUUCGAUGCCUAAGAGCAAGAAGCGCGCUGCUCCAGUCGAGUCGGUAGAGGUCCCGAAGAAGUCUAAAGUUUCAACCCGUAUGUUCAAGGGCGUCACGAUUGAGGAUAUCACUGUUGGCAAGGGUCAACCCGUGCAUCGUGGCCGCAAGGUAUCCAUUCUCUACCGCGGCCGUCUCACGAACGGCAAGCAGUUUGACGCGGCUCAGAACCGCAAGAAGCCGUUCACGUUCCGUCACGGCAUCGGUGAUGUGAUCAAGGGUAUGGACAUUGGUAUUGAAGGAAUGCGUGUUGGUAGCAAGCGUACGAUCACUAUUCCGUCGCGUCUUGGUUACGGCCGGGAGGGCUCACCGCCUACUAUCCCAGGCAACUCGGACCUCAUCUUUGAGAUUGAGGUCGUGCACGCAUAG